AGGAGUGGAGAAGGGGGUGGGGGUGCGGAAAGAGGGCGGAAAGUGAAAGGCACGGAGCGCCUCUCUUUCCUCCGUCUGACUCGGUUCUCGACUGCUCCGGGCCGCUGUUGUAUUGUGGGAUCGCGGCGCCGUGCCUGAGACGCUCGGAUCCGCAGGGGCGCCCACUUGCUAGCGCCUCCUGUCGCCUGUAAGAUUGCCCUGCUAUUCCUCGGCACCCCAACUCCCCCCACCCCCUCCAUCGCCUCCUCCUCCUCCAUCCUCCAGUUCAAAAUGGCGGCGGCGGCGGCAGCGGCGGCGGCGAUGGCUCCUCCGGGCUGCCCGGGUUCGUGCCCCAACUUCGCCGUAGUCUGCUCUUUCUUGGAGCGCUACGGGCCGCUGCUCGACCUGCCCGAGUUGCCGUUCCCUGAGCUGGAGCGGGUGCUGCAAGCUCCUUCGCCGGACGUCGGCAACGGAGAAGUACCGAAAGAAUUGGUGGAGCUCCACUUGAAGUUGAUGAGAAAGAUUGGCAAAUCUGUUACAGCAGAUAGAUGGGAAAAGUAUUUGAUCAAGAUAUGCCAAGAGUUUAAUAGCACCUGGGCAUGGGAGAUGGAGAAGAAAGGCUAUCUUGAAAUGAGUGUUGAAUGCAAGCUAGCGCUCUUAAAGUACCUCUGUGAGUGUCAGUUUGAUGACAAUCUCAAAUUCAAGAAUAUUAUCAAUGAGGAGGAUGCCGAUACCAUGCGUCUCCAGCCAAUUGGCCGAGACAAAGAUGGCCUCAUGUACUGGUACCAGUUAGAUCAAGAUCACAAUGUCAGAAUGUAUAUAGAAGAACAAGAUGAUCAAGACGGCUCUUCAUGGAAAUGCAUUGUCAGAAAUCGAAACGAAUUGGCUGAGACUCUUGCGCUCCUGAAAGCACAAAUCGAUCCUGUACUAUUGAAAAACUCUAGCCAACAGGACAACUCUUCCCGGGAAAGCCCCAGCUUAGAGGAUGAGGAGACUAAAAAGGAGGAGGAAACACCUAAACAAGAGGAACAGAAGGAAAAUGAAAAGACGAAAAGUGAAGAGCAGCCUGUAUAUUCAGAAAACUGUUCUACACCCAAUGCUGUAGAAGAGACUACUGUGAAAAUAGAAAAGGAAGAUUUAAAGGAACUUGUAAAACUGCCAGUCAUAGUGAAGCUAGAAAAACCUUUGCCAGAAAGUGAAGAAAAAAAGACUAUCAAAGAAGAAAAUGAUUCCUUCAAGGAAAAUGUCAAACCUGUAAAAGUGGAAGUGAAGGAGUGCCGGGCAGACCCCAGAGACGUCAAAGGCAGCCUGGAGAGGCUAGAGCCCGAGAGGUCAGAUCCUGGUGGCAACGUUAAAUCCUCUCAAGAAGCUACUGAGAAGUCUACUGAAGAAACGGAGAAACUGAAGAAUGACCAGCAGGCCAAGAUACCACUGAAAAAAAGAGAAAUUAAGCUGAGUGAUGAUUUUGACAGUCCCAUCAAAGGCCCUUUGUGUAAAUCUGUUACUCCAACAAAAGAGUUUUUGAAAGAUGAACUAAAGCAAGAGGAAGAGACUUGUAGAAGGAUCUCUGCAAUCACCACUUUGGGUCAUGAAGGGAAACAGCUGGUAAAUGGGGAAGUUAGUGAUGAAAAGGUAACUCCCAACUUUAAGACAGAACAAAUGGACGUGAAAUUUUAUGAUACAAAGGAAGAGAGCUGUAGCUCCUCUAAGGACAGAAAUGUCCUCAUGGAGGGAAAUGGGGCAGAGUCCUUAAAUUCUGUCAUAACAAGUAUGAAAAUAGGUGAUCUUGAGAGAGAAAUGGUCCCUUUAGGGAACGAUGCCGAUAGUUCAGUCUCAGUCUUAGAGAGCCAGUGUCAAAAAAGGCACAUAGAGGAAACUGAUCCUCCAGAAAUGGAAACCUCUCUUGAGACUUCUGAAAUGGCAAAGGAUCUCUCUUUAAAACCUGCUUUAUCUACCACUGAAUCCUAUAGCAUGAAAAUUGAAGAGAAGUCUCCCAAAAGUAAGAAGGAUAAGCACUCACCAGUCCUAGAAUGUCUUGAGAAGUCCAAAAAGACUUUUCUUGACAAGGACACACAGAGAUUGAGUCCAAUACCGGAAGAGGUUCCCAAGAAUACCGUAGAGUCAGUAAAGGCAGGGUCUCCCAAAGCAGCUGAGCUUUCUCCAUCAUCUAGCAUGACUGGCCACUGUGAGAAGCUAGCCUCAGAAAAAGAAGUGGUAGAGUGUCCAGGUUCCACCGGGGGUCAGUCCCUCGAGAAAAGAGACCCAGAAAUUCAAAAGUUGGAUUCUGAGUCCACCAAGGUGGAAGUGGAUAAUCAGGACAGUGCCCGGGCCUCUGGCACGAGUGAUCCUCCUGAGGGAAAGGGGUCUGGGCAAAAAAGCAAAAUUAAGUAUAAGUUGAUUCCUGAAGAAGAAACCGCUGCCUCGGAAAACACGGAGAUAACCUCUGAAAGGCAGAAAGAGGGCAUCAAAUUAACAAUUAGGAUAUCCAGUCGCAAGAAGAAGCCAGAGUCUCCUCCCAAAAUUCUAGAGCCGGAAACCAAGCCAGAGAAGACAGAAAAGGAAGAAGAAAAAGCAAACGUAGGUCGUACUUUAAGGAGAUCUCCAAGAAUAUCUCGACCCACAGCAAAAGUGGCUGAAAUCAGAGAUCAGAAAGCUGAUAAAAAAAGAGCAGAAGAAGAUGAACUGGAAGAAGAGUCAGCACCUUUGCAAAAAACAGACAAAAAAGAAAAUUUGAAAAAAAUAGACAAGGAUACAAAUGCUAAAGUAACCAAGGUAAAACCCAAAGGCAAAGUUCGAUGGACUGGUUCUCGAACACGUGGCAGGUGGAAAUAUUCCAGCAAUGAUGAAAGUGAAGGCUCUGACAGUGAAAAAUCAUCUGCAGCUUCAGAAGAGGAGGAAGAAAAGGAAAGUGAAGAAGCCAUCCUGGCAGAUGAUGAUGAACCGUGCAAAAAAUGUGGACUUCCAAACCAUCCUGAACUAAUUCUUCUGUGCGAUUCCUGUGACAGUGGCUACCAUACUGCCUGCCUUCGCCCUCCUUUGAUGAUCAUUCCAGAUGGAGAAUGGUUCUGCCCCCCUUGCCAGCAUAAACUACUGUGUGAAAAAUUAGAAGAGCAGUUGCAGGAUUUGGAUGUUGCCUUAAAGAAGAAGGAGCGUGCUGAACGCAGGAAAGAACGCUUGGUGUAUGUGGGUAUCAGUAUUGAAAACAUCAUUCCUCCACAAGAGCCUGAUUUUUCUGAAGAUCAUGAAGAAAAGAAAAAAGAUUCAAAAAAAUCCAAAGUAAACUUGCUUGAAAGGAGGUCAACAAGAACGCGAAAAUGUAUAAGUUACAGAUUUGAUGAGUUUGAUGAAGCAAUUGAUGAAGCUAUAGAAGAUGAUAUCAAAGAGGCCGAUGGAGGAGGAGUUGGCCGAGGAAAAGACAUCUCCACCAUCACAGGCCACCGUGGCAAAGACAUCUCCACUAUAUUGGACGAAGAAAGAAAAGAAAAUAAGCGCCCCCAGAGGGCUGCUGCCGCUCGGCGGAAGAAACGCCGGCGACUGAACGAUCUGGACAGUGACAGCAACCUGGAUGAAGAGGAGAGCGAAGAUGAGUUCAAGAUCAGUGAUGGAUCACAGGAUGAGUUUGUGGUAUCUGAUGAGAACCCAGAUGAAAGUGAAGAAGACCCACCAUCUAAUGAUGACAGCGACACUGAUUUCUGUAGCCGCAGACUAAGGCGACAUCCUUCCCGGCCAAUGAGGCAAAGCAGGCGUUUGCGAAGAAAGACCCCAAAGAAAAAGUACUCUGAUGAUGAUGAAGAAGAGGAGUCUGAGGAGAAUAGUAGAGACUCAGAAAGUGACUUUAGUGAUGAUUUUAGUGACGAUUUUGUAGAAACUCGGCGAAGGCGAUCAAGGAGGAACCAGAAAAGACAAAUUAACUACAAAGAAGAUUCAGAAAGUGAUGGUUCCCAGAAGAGUUUACGACGUGGUAAAGAAAUCAGACGAGUUCACAAGCGUAGGCUUUCUAGCUCAGAGAGUGAAGAGAGCUAUAUGUCCAAGCACUCUGAAGAUGAUGAAUUAGCUAAAAAAUCAAAGCGGUCAGUUCGAAAGCGGGGUCGAAGCACAGAUGAGUAUUCGGAAGCGGACGAGGACGAGGAAGAGGAAGGUAAACCAUCCCGAAAACGGCUACACCGGAUCGAGACAGACGAAGAGGAGAGUUGUGACAAUGCUCGUGGAGACGCAGCUCAGCCUGCCCGUGACAGCCAGCCCAGGGUCUUGCCCGCGGAGCCGGAGAGCACCAAGAGGCCCUAUCGGAUAGACAGCGACGAGGAAGAGGACUUUGAAAACGUAAGCAAGGUGGAGAGCCCGUUGGACUAUAGCUUAGUGGACUUACCUUCCACCAAUGGACAGAGUCCUGGCAAAGCCAUUGAGAACUUGAUUGGCAAGCCAGCCGAGAAGCCACAGACCCCCAAGGACAGCAGCACAGCCAGUGCAAGCCUAGCCCCCAAUGGGACGAGUGGUGGCCAGGAGGCAGGGGCACCAGAAGAGGAGGAAGAUGAGCUUUUGAGAGUGACUGACCUUGUUGAUUAUGUCUGUAACAGUGAACAGUUAUAAAACUUUUUUUCCAUUUUUUUGUGCUAAUUUAUUCCACGGUAGCUCUCACACCAGCGGGCCAGUUAUUAAAAGCUGUUUUAUUUUUCCUAGAAAACUCCACUACAGAAUGACUUUUUAGAAGAAAAAUUUCACCAAACCCUGAAGUCUUUCUGUGAAGUGACCAGUUUUGAACUUUGAAGAUAAAUAAUUGCUGUAAAUUCCUUUUGAUUUUCUUUUUCCAAGUUCAUGGUCCUUGGUAAUUUCAUUCAUGGAAAAAAAAAAUCUUAUUAUAACAACAAAGAUUUGUAUAUUUUUGACUUUAUAUUUCCUGAGCUCUCCUGACUUUGUGAAAAGGGUAGAUAAGAAUGCAUUCCGACUCUGUGAGGGCCCAAAACAGAAUUAGGGGUGGGAGAAAGCACUUGUGCUUUAGCUUUUUCAUAUUAAAUAUAUACUAUAUUUAAACAUUCACGGCAUAGGUGAUGAUUAACAGACUAUUUAAAGUUCAAGUCUGUAUUGUUGCAGUUUGAGAAUUGUAGAUAACAUCGUACAUAAGUCAUUUAGUAACAACAUUCAUGAAAUCAACUUGUUUACUAUGGAGAUAACCACACUUUAAUAAAGAAGAGACCAAGAAAAUACCAUCAUCAAAAACUCUAACCUAAGUUUCUGUUAUAGCAGAGUUUCUUGUUUAAAAAAAAAAAAAUCAUCUGAAAAGCAUUUGUACAGUAAAAUAUAUAAUGAAACUUUGAAGCCAGAUUGUGCUAGCAAGAAAUUUUUCAAAACAGCUUUAUGCAGUGGUGAUGAGGUGGCCUUUAAUAUGUUAUCAUGAAGAGUUAUUAGUGAAAUGAGUGUGGACUUUCUUAAGGCCCAGGUGGACUGUAAACUUUGCAGAUGUGUAACUCUUGUCUUCUGGCCACUUAAUAUUUAAAUAUCUAAAAUAUUCUUUAAAAAAAAAGUACAUCUAUACAUAACAUACACGUAGAGAUGGAUUCUAGGCUGACAGCGGUAUUUUAGCACAUUUGAAGAAGGAAAGUAUUUUCAGGUGAAUUUUGGUCUAUUCUUGCCCUUAGUAUCUACUUCAAAUUGAAGUCUACAAACAAAGCAGUUCCUUUGGGAGGUUUUUAGUUUGAGUUUUAGCAUGUAUGUGUGUGUAUAUGUGUGUGUGUAUGUGUGUGUGUGUUGGACUUUACUAUCUGCCUGGAUAUAUUAGCAGGGUUUGAAUGUAGUUUUGGCCUUUGGCCAUUAGACUUCUGUUAAAAUUCAUUACAAGUCACACAACCAACGUAGAGUUGAUUGAAAACGACCAUACUUAAUAGGUAUGACAUCCAUUUCAAACAUCUCAACACUUUAAAGAAAGAUAAGCCCUUUGUUUCAAGAAAAAGAGAUUUGUAACUAACUAACUAACAUGUCAUUGACACUAAAAUAUGAACUUUGUCUUAUUUAGUUUCUGUUAUAGCUGUAAAAUUUCAGGCAGAGCCAUAAAUAACAUUGUACAAAGUGUAGCACUUGUGAUUAAAUCUUGCCUGUCAAAUUCUGAAACCUUCAGCCAUUACUUUUGUGAAUACCUUUGCCCUGGGAUUGGGUUUUCUGUUCAAGUGUUGUGUCUGUUGCCGGCAAUGGACACACCAUAUCUGCUGCUGGCCCAAGGAACUUCAUUGAUUUUUCUUUCCAAAUUAACCAUUAUAUGUGCUAGGCAGUGUAUAAUAAGGCACUUCUCUUUUUUAUUAUUAAAAAGCUGGCAUUAGACUUCCAUUAUAAAUACCUCUCUAGAAAACUUUAUACUCCUUUUCCUUCCUCAACAGGUGUUGCCCUUAAAUCUUUUGGCCUUGAAAGUUUAUAGCUAUUGUUCCUCACUUGUUGGUUCUUUGAUUUGUUUUGGUUCACUUUAGUUCUGUAGUACCUGCCCAUUAAUAUUUUUGCUUUGAUUCUAGCAAUGUGUAUGUAUCUGUAUAAAAAAUAAAAUAAUGAAAGCAGCCGAAAAAGAGGAUGCACCAGUAGCAUGUGGUUCCAGACAAGUUGUGAGUGUUAUUUUGAGACAAUGUUCCACCGGAAGGGAGGGAAGGGCUUUUACAUUCACAGACAGUAAGCAGGACUAUAAGGAGCCACCCUGACUUACCAGGCCUGCUUUCUGGCGAGGUCUGGUUCAUUUAUUUGAAAGUCAGUUAAGAAUGUUAGCCUUUUCUCAACUAUCUAAAAUAGGCAGGCAAUAGAAAAACUCUUAUUAACGCAAGGUAAGUGGUUCACACAUGCGCAGGUGGACUCUCCUGCCCCCAGCCUCCCUCUACUGUUUUUAGUCCUGCAACUGGGUAAAGCCACUAAGGUGUAGAAACUCCCGUGUACCCUAUCUCUACCUCUGGACACACCAGCUUCUGCUUCAGCCUGCUAGUUCUCUUCAUGUAAGCAAGUAACAAGAAGAACUGUUGAAUGGGCAGAUUAUUUAUUUUACAGGAUGCCUCAUGUGAAAUAAAGAGUUCUUUUUACCCUUCUGCUAUAGAGAGCAAAAAGACUGAGUAUUCCAUUUAGCAAAUGUCCCACUGACAUGGGUUAUGAUACCACUUUUGCUGCCUCUUAUGUACCAAACUUGAAUUAAGUGUUUGUGAACCUGAUAGUGAGUGUUUCCUUUCUAAUUCCCUUUUCAUUCUGAUUAAACCAGUUAACUGUGUUUCAUCUACAAGGAGUGCAAUCCAAGCACCUGAUACUUAAAAUUAUUAUUAUGCAGAGAAGUUAAUUACGGCUGAUUAAAUGUUGAACAGUUCAAAAACAAUUCUGCUGCUUGGUGUUUAGAUUGAGUUCCUCAAAGAGUCUGUGUUUGCUGAAAUAUUAACGCUGACCAUGCUUUAAAGAAGUUAAUAAAAUUUAGGGGAAAGUGAAUGUUCUAUAUCCAAAGACAUAAUUCAGUCAUCAGGAACUGGACAGGGUAUAGGAAAGCAGCAGUCCAUCUAGAGUUUAGGACAUCUUGGAUCCUUAUUAUUAGAGCACUAACCAUGGAUUUAGGCUCACAGUAACUGCUGUGUAAUAGAACCCUUUGAUCCUUUACACUUCCUUUUUGGAAAUGUAAAUUAGACUUCUAAUAUUAAACUCCAGAGUCUCUAGCAGAUGUGUUAAGGGGAGAUGUAGUUUAGUAAUCAGAACUUUUAGUUUGCAGUUUCUGUUAAGGUUUGAAAAUUAGCCAGAUUUUCACGAAGCAGAAGCUUCAAAUUAAACUAUAUGAAAAGAACACAGAAAAUACACAGUUUUGUAGACUUGUACUGAUGAAAUAAAUAGUGUCUUGUGUAAACGGUUUCUGUUGUUGGCACAUUACUAGAGAAUGAUGGCAGAGAUGUUUUCAAGAAUAUACCUGUUUUUUGACGUUGGGUUUCCUUGGCACAUCUUUCCAGUUGGUCAGGGUCGCAGAUUCCAAGAAUAAAAGGGAGUUUCAUUUAGAAUAAAUUCAUGCCUACUCAUAAUUUUUGUUUAAUGACCUACCAAAGAAUCAAAAGACUUCAUAUGCUAAAGAAGUUGUUGAGAAAAGAAUUUUUAAACAAAUUAACAGGAUAUUGCAAACUCCAGUUUUUACUUUUCAGUUGAUAGAACCCAUCUUGUAAUAAUGCAUUGGGCGAAGAACAUGUAUUAAGGAAAAUGUAGGCAUUUACUUGUUAUUUAGAGUUUAAGAGAUGGGAAAUUGUUAGCUAUUUUGAAGUGGGAUUGAUGGAAUUUCCUUUGUCACAAGGAAUGCCUUUUUAGCUUAUGUUUGUGAGGAUAAAAGAUGUUAAGCACUCAGCAGUUUGUUCCACCAUGCAAUUCAAAGGAACCUAAUGAAUCUAAAAGUUUAACUUUCAUAGAAAGUUGUGAACUCUGCCCUUCACCAACACAGCAGAACAGGUCCCUGAUACAUGGCAUUGCCUCGCAGCUGUAGGACAAGUAUUCAAAGACCCAGAUUUCUUUUUAAAUGAAAUGAACAUAUAUAUGUGUACGUGUGUGUGUGUAUAUAUAUAUAUUACUAUGUAUAUAUACACCUUAGAUGUUAGAAGAAAUUAAAAUGAACCCUUUGAAAUUAUGAUUUGACAUUAUUUAAAAAGAUGUAAUUAUAACUGAUAGGAAAUGAUGAACUUCAUUUGAUUAUAGAAAGCCUAGAGAAAAAUAGUGAAGUUCCUCUUCUUGGUUUGACAUCCUAAAGAUAUAUUCCUGGUUCUUCCAAGAAGCAAGAAUGCCAAGAUUGCAUACUUUCUGUAUCUUACUAGUCCUCUGCUUACUACCUUCUAUUAAACUUUCUUAGCAUACAGUCCAUUCCUAUUUUAUCACCAUUCCCAGUGUGUACCUUGCAAAUGGCAAGCUGAUUUCCUUCAUUGUUUUUAUGCCACUCCUGGAAGACAAGACCCUUUCCUAUCAAUGUAUUUAAACUGAGUUAUUGUGUUAUGUGUAUACUGAAUAAUUUGCUUUCAAAAAUAUUUCCCUCCAAUUAUCCUGGACAUUUUUGAGUGCCAAGAAUUGCUAAAUAACAAAUUGCUAUGUAACUUAUAUUGAAGAUAAUCAUUCCCCAGCAAGCAAAGAGUCAUUAUAAGCCAAAAUGUAGUAUGCUUGGUAUAUAACUACUAUAGAUGGUACACUCAACAAUUUUUUAAAACUCAUAUAAACCCUCUCAGAAAUUGGUUAGACUAUGAUUCCAUUAGUAAUUUUUUUUUCAUUUUGGUCAUGUGAGCUCAAUUUUUUUUCAUGUUAUAUUUAUACCAUUUUUGCUCUGGGAAAUGCUGCAAACCUAAUUCUGGCACAUUAUAGUGACUUCAGUUAAUAAAGAUAUUAUUUUUAUUUUACUAAGAUAUCUAUUCUAUGCAUAAUUUAUAUGAGAGGGCAUAACACUUUAUUAGACAAGUAGAAAUUUAUUAAUUAAGCUCCUUAAGACAUUUUGAAUGAGAAAAAAAAAAAAACAUUUUAAAACAAACUGCAUUUGUGUUUUUUGCCAAAACCGGUACAAGCUAGAAAAUGCACUUAAGGACUGAGAGACCUGCCUUGUUCAUUUUGCCACUGGAUGAUGUAAGUUAAGAAUGGAAUUGCUAACCCUAACUAUAUAUUUUCUUGACUUUCAUCAGUUUCUAAAGAAAUCUAAUUUAAGCCUUCGGGGUUUUGUUUGACCUGUAUUUAUUGAGUUCUGGUCAUAGACCAGGAGCUAGCUGCAUGUCAUGCUUAUGGAUGGCCAGAACACAGUCAUUGGGAAAUUUAAUGGCUCAAGACCUUCUGAAUCAUUUAACUUAUUUUGUAUGUUGCAAAAAAAAAAAGUUUAUUUUGCUUGAGAGUCACAUUUUUUUAUAACUGUACAGCUUUUAAGGGAUGGGAGGUGGAAAAAUACCCUAAAAUAGGAUGUAGAUUUUUACAAUUGUGUUUAUGCUAGAACAUCUACAGGUGCAUUAUGUAAUUAAACCUAAAAUUGUUUAAAAAUUUGUGCCAUGGUCUUUUUCAUUCUCCUGCCCUUUAGCAGAGUUGGUGCAUGUCAAUACUGCUAUAUGGACAAGCCUUGAAGUUAGGCUAUUAACCCUGUUUCCAAAGCUUUAUGAUCAUUGCAUGAAAAUUACACACACAUGUAGACACAUACAUAUACACACACCUCUAGUUUAUAUGAGUGUAAAUGGAUUUUCAACUUCAGGACAGCUAUAAUAGCCCAAAUUUGGCCGUUAGCAGCAUAUUCUCACAGUGCGUGAUUUUCAUGAUGCCGAACUAGGGUUUUCUCGACAUUGAUCUCGUGUUUCGUUCAAAGUAGUUUAUUGAUAAUGGUAUCAGAAUUGUAGUUUGCCCAAACCUGCCAGGAGGUUUUGUAUACACCUCGAAAGGAUGUGUCCUGUGAUGGGAUGGUGGAGUCGGAGGUGGGACAGGGCUUGGUUUCUUUCUGUAAAAGAAGGAAAAACUAGAAUUGUUUGAUUUGGUUCUUGUAGACUUAAUUCAGUAGAUUUUACUUCCAUAGGAAUAUUUGCUGGAGGCAUGGCAGGAAGGGAUAUCAGAUUCAAAGUCAAUUCCCUUCUUAUUGGAUAAAGUAUUUUGAAAUCUUGUAGAGCUGCCUGUUCUAGCAGUCUUUUACAUGGCACAUUUUACGUAAGUUAUAUUGAUACCUUUGUUAAAAUGCCAGUACUUUUGGCCAUCUGGUAACUUGCCAUUCUGACUUUUCACCGUUACAGCACAAGUGUGUUCUUGUAUAGAAUUAAACUCAUAACUUCUACAUAAGUUACUUUUAUCUGUUGUCAGCUAAUAUGGGAUGUCAGUUUCUUUGGUAUCCUCAUAGGUUCAGAGAUGAAGCCUGGGAAUCAUGAAUUUGCAGGCAAAGAAUACAAAUUCCAGAUAAGAAUUUGUAGAUGGUAUGUUAAAUUUUCAUUUUAAUUUUAAAAUAAUAGCUAGGAUCCAAGGAGUGUUUGAUCAGAAUGCCCCUUGGAUAAUUAGACAUGCUUAUAUGAAAUGCUUUAUUUUCCUAUGCAUAAAAAAAUUAUUCCUGGAAUAUGUUCUCAGAAUGCUUUAUUUUGUUUUUAGGAGAUGAGAGCUCAAGCAAACGCUCCAAGAUGAGCAAAAAACUUUUGAGGUAAUAAGGAAUGUGAUUUUAGUCAAACAAGAGAAGCUGGCUUGCUCUCUGCCACAUAUAACAUACUGCAUGUGAGGGGGGGAAGAGAUGUGAAAACUGGAAAUGUAAUUCCAGUAACGCACAAAGUAAAUUUUGUGCAUAGAAAAUAUGGGAAUUCCUGGUAGCUUAAAGCUUCAGGGGUUAACUGCAGUGUGUGAACACCUAGUGUGUUAGAAUUGCAGUGCAUCGUGUUUAAAUACAAUAUUCCUUGUAAGUGGCAACCAAAAUAUGUUGUGGCUUGUGCCAAUAUUUUUGUUAAUGAAAUGUUCAAUGUCUCACUACAGUCUGAUCAGAACCCUUGGUGUUAAAAACAGGCCUAAAGCUAUUUUAUGGCUAUUGGCCUAAUUGUGUAACUUUUUCUUUCAAAAUGUUUUAUUAUAAUACUUCUGUCAUUUCUUUCACUUAAUAUGUGUCAAUUGUCAUAAUAAAAAAAUUAAAUAAUUUGA